GUAGGAGCGAAGCUAGUGUGUUGGUUAUAUCUUCAGGAAGGCGGUUCGUGUGAGAAAGUCGAGGCUAGACGGGUUAGAAGUUGGAAGCGGUGCUUAAAACAUGCAUGUUUUCCUUGGUGCUCAAUUUGGGAUUCAUUUCUAAGCGCUGGUUGUCGCAUUUCACUUAUCUGUCUGUUUGUCCAGGAGGAGCCGAGGUUAGGAUCGACUCCUUUAGCCAUGUUAGCUGCAACAUGUAACAAAAUAGGGAGUCCCAGCCCUUCACCAUCCACAAUUUCGGAUAAUUCACCGUCAUUUGGAAAAGGCUUUCACCCGUGGAAAAGAGCCGCUGCGAGCAGCUGCAGCCUCGGAUCCGGCCUGUCCGGUUUCGGGGUGUCCCGUAAUGGAUCAGGCAUCUCGGAUUCUUUCGGCACCAACAAUUCCACCGGAUCCAGCGCCUUCUCCCUCACGUCUGGCACCUCAUCUAGUUCUCACUUUGGAAACGAUUAUUCUGUUUUCCAAGCAUCCGUUUCGAGCAACUCUCAAGAGUCUAACCACCAGCCGGUUUUCAUCUCCAAAGUCCACACGUCAGUGGACAGUUUGCAGGGCAUUUAUCCCAGGAUGAGCGUUGCGCAUCCUUACGAGUCCUGGUUCAAAUCAUCCCACCCCGGUAUCCCGGCAGGAGACGUUGGUAGCACCGGAGCCUCUGCGUGGUGGGAUGUGGGAGCAGGAUGGAUUGAUGUUCAAAACCCUAACGGAGCGGCGCUACAAACAUCCUUACACUCCGGUGGACUCCAGGGCUCCUUACACUCUCCACUGGGCGGAUAUAAUUCUGAUUACUCGAGUUUAAGUCACUCUGCUUUCAGUACAAGUCCCUCUCCACACCUGUUGACAACCGGUCAGCAUCUGAUGGACGGUUUCAAACCGGUGUUAUCCUCCUAUCCGGACACAAGUCCCUCUCCACUUACCGGAGCAGGGGGGGCUAUGCUCUCCGGGGGUCCACCUGCAUCUUUAGCGGGGUCUCCGAGGUCAUCUGCUCGGCGAUAUUCGGGCAGAGCCACCUGCGACUGUCCAAACUGCCAGGAGGCUGAGAGACUGGGACCGGCGGGCGCCAGCCUCCGGAGAAAAGGGCUCCACAGUUGUCACAUUCCCGGCUGUGGGAAGGUGUACGGUAAAACAUCGCACCUAAAAGCGCAUUUGAGGUGGCACACCGGUGAGAGACCGUUUGUGUGCAACUGGCUUUUUUGCGGGAAGAGGUUCACGCGCUCCGAUGAGCUCCAGCGACAUUUACGCACACACACUGGGGAGAAACGUUUCGCAUGUCCGGUGUGCAACAAGAGAUUUAUGCGUAGCGAUCAUCUGAGUAAACAUGUAAAGACUCACAGCGCCGGGGGAUCUGCAGGUUCUGGCUCCGGAGGCAGCGGAGGUAAGAGAGGGAGUGAUACCGACAGCGAGCACAGCGCGCCAGGAAGCCCUCCAUGCCAUUCCCCUGACCUGUUGCACCCACCUGAGUCAACCCAGGGAGUGGGCAUAAACGGCCUCUAAACCUUUCCAUGCUGAAGCAGGGAAAAAAAUUAAAAAGGAAAAAAAUAAAUAAAAAACUGUACAACUAAGUGUUGUGAUGGCAUUGUCCAACAGGACACCAGAGUGGACAUACCUUGAUGUAUGCGACAUGAUUCAUCCAGAGAGUUGCUAUUUAAUGAGAAAGCAGGCCUAUACUUUCCUUCGACUUUUUCCAAGUGUUUAAGACUACUAACUGCAUUAUUUCAUAGCUGUGCCAUCACAAACUUUUCAUUAGUAUGUUUGCGGUGUGAAAGUGAAAUCAAGUUUUUCUGUGACGCACUGGAGUAGGGCAGAAGUGAUACUUUCUGUAGCCCGAUCCUAACUAGCUCUAUUGAUUAAUUUCUAAGCAUAAGACAAAAAAUAAAUAAAUAAAUUAAAAAAAAAAUUUAAAUAAAAUAAAAUAAACACAGCUGUGAAAUAUUAGGUCCUGCAAAAGUUGCUUCUGCUGUCAUACACAAUAUUCUCAAACCAAACACUGGCACUUUAUUAUCAAGAAAGAUAAAUUGUUUUUGUCAUUGUGGAUGGACAGCUCAAUGAACAAAUACCUGUAGACUAUAGUGCAGUAUGUGCAGUAUGCUGAGAUGUGGGAUUUUCAUUAUUUCGUCCCAUAACUGAGGAGCAAUUAGGUCCAAAUCCCAUAUUUGCUAUACACGCCACAGUGCGCCAAGUUUGUAAGUAGGCCAGUCGAGGUUACUUACACUUUACUUUGCUGCAAAAUGUCUUGUAUAUAAAAGAAAUGUAGGUUAGAAUAAUUACAGCCCAAUGUAAAGGUGCGCAAUGUAUUUGUCCAGGAGACGAUUUUGUAUAGGUAUUUCUAGUUGUAUAUGGACUCUAGCAAAAUAUUUGAAAAUAUACGGAAAUGUACUUGGAUUUUUCUUUCACAUGGUAUGAAAUGUAUUGUGGGGAGUUUUAUUUAACCACAAGUUCUUGUAUUUAGGGGUCUAUCAUUAGGCGCACUUUGAAUUUAUUUGUAUGGUUUUGAAAUCAUUUACUGUUUACCCACUCAUUUAAUUUAAGUAAGCAUGUUGUAAAGUGAUUUGAAUUUUUCCAGUGAUAUUUUUUUCUCCUCUUCCUGAGAAUGGCUUUUUAUGUGAGCCACUCAAUAAAGUCAGUAUGAAUUCAGAA